AUGGUACAGGAUCAGGAUAAAAGCAGGCGGCUCCCAGUGGUUCCAUGUUCCAGACCCCUGAAACAGCCAAGAUGAUGUCUCUGCUUCCUCUGCUCUUGCUUGGCGUUGUGCUCCCAGCCACCCAGGCCAAAGACUAUGGGAAAUGUGAACUGAACCAGAUAUUGAGAGAACGUGGCGUUGACAAAGUUAUCUCUCUGCCUGAAUUGAUCUGUACCAUGUUCCAUAGCAGUGGCUUUAGCACUGAAACUGAAGUCGAUAACAACAACCACAAAGAAUAUGGAAUAUUCCAGAUCAGCAGCAACGGCUGGUGCGCUGAAAAGCAGGAAGAUGUAGAAAGAAGUGUCUGUGGCAUUCUUUGCUCUAAACUCCUUGAUGAUGACAUUACUGAUGACAUUGUGUGUGCCAAGAAGAUCCUGCAGCUACCUGAAAGACUUGACCACUGGAAGGCCCAUAACACAUUCUGCCGUGAGAACCUGGACCAGUGGAACUGCUAG